GAGAUGCAGGGGAAGAGAUGGGGUGAUGGCCCAGGGAAGGUUGUCCAAAGGAGGGGAGGAUGGUGAUGGGAGGUGGCCCAGAGGGUAAGGAGGUCCAGGGAAGUGGUUGUUCAGUGAAGAAGGAUCAAGGGGGAGGUUGCCCAGGGGAGGAGAUGGUCGAGGGGAAGAGAACCAGGAGGUGAGAUGGACCAGAGGAGGUUGUCCAAGGCAGGAGAUGUCCAGGUGAAGGUUGCUCAGGGAAGGAGGUCCAGGAAAGCAGGAACAUGUGGGAUGGCCCAAGGGCAGGUGCCCGUGGAAGGAGGUUCUUUAGGAGAGAGAGCUUAAAGGAGAAGGAGGACCAGGGAAUGGGCUGCGCAGGGAGGGAGGAGAUUGUCCAGGAAGAUGUCCCAGUGGAGUUUGGCCCAGGGAGAAGAUGGUUGCCCAGGGUGGGAGGUCCAGGAACAGGAGGAACAGGGGGCGGCUCAUGGGAAGGUGUUCAGGGGAGGAGUUUCUCAGGGAUGGUGGGAAGGAGAUGGCCCAGGGGCAGGAGCUGGCCAGGAGUAGGUGUCCCAGAGGGGAGGCCCAGGGGAGGUGGCUGUGCGGUGGGUGGGGGAAGCCCGGGCAGGCAGAGGCUGGCUGCUGUGGUGUUGCCAGGUGACGGGCACACACAGCCUGUCCAGUCCUGCCCGCAGUCCUGCCUGCUCUCCUGCCUCCCCCAGCACAGCCCGGCCAGGUGAGCACACGUUGGGGCUGGGGUGGGGGACCUGGACAGGGACCAGCGGGCAGGGGGCACACGGCAGCAGAGUUCCUGGGUGCAGCAAGCGUGACGGCAUCCUGACUUUACUGAAAGGCAAACCCACAGCACCUGCAAACCCACCUCUCAGUGUGUCCCUCAUCACCACAGCUCCAGGAGGCUUGGGUGGCAGGCAUGGAGCUGGAGGAGGCUGUCCUCAAAGGCCAGAAGCGCAGCAAGGCUCGCACAGGCCGGUACCCAGGGAAGCAGCCGGGGUUUGCGGGAUCCCGGGCAAGGGGACACCGGGACCACGGGCACAGCCAGCAGCACAGCGUGGGCACACAGGGCUCUGGUGGCAGCAGGGACAGUGACACCUCACCUGACGCCCUCCUCGCUGGCUCCCGGACGGCUGAGCUGGAAGGACACGGUGCCAGGUGUCCCCGGGGUGUCACCAGCCCUGUCCCAUGGGAGAAGCGCUGCUGGGGGCUGGCUCAGCUCCUUGACCCCCAGCCCAGCCCGGGGGACCGGAGCACAUCCAGCUCCAUCUGCACAGAGGACUUUGCCACCAGGUUUUUGGAGGGCAUGGAGGAGCCCCUGUGGUUCUCUGAGGAGGAAGAUGAACCCACUGGGGAUGUCCCCACUGAGGGAGAUGAUCCUGGGAAGGAUGAGUCCUUGUUUCCCGCAGGGAGAAGGCUGGAUGACCGUCGGCGGUUGGUGGUGGAGCAGGGCAGACAUCCCUGGCAGGGCAGGUCACCUCUGGCCAGGCGGCAGAGCCUGGAGUCCCUGGGCGGGAGGAUUUCCCGACUGAGCCGCAGUGACGCUCAGGGGAUGGGCCGGGGGGGAGCCCGGGCAGCCCCCUCUGCACCACCAGCCCUGGGCUGCGAACACUCUCCCCACCGGAGUUCAGGCUGCAGGAAAGACCCAUCGACCAUCACCUUACGUGGUGACAACCCGGCUGCUGGAUGUCCCUGGAGAGCCCCAGGCACCUCUGCUGGCAGGAGCAGCGCCAUGGCACAGGGAGGCUCUGCCAAUGGCCGUUUGCCAGGUUCCAGCGGUGCCAGGACCAGGGGACAUCCCGCCAGCAGGACCCUGGGCCUGAGGUGGCAGCAGCUACCAGCUCUCUGGGGACGGCGUGGAGGGGACAUCACCCUUGCUGGGUGUGACACAAGGAAGGCAGGAGCAGGCAGCAGGCAGAGGAGAGCUCCCUGCUCCGCUCACCUGAUACCCCUUGGGCAGCGCAGAACGGGGACAGAUGUGUCACCCUGCCCAGGAGCAGCGGCUCAGUCCUGGCGGCAGGGUGGGAAGCAGAAAGCCACCCUGCCCUGCACGCGUGCAGCAGGACAGCCGCUGUCACUGCGUUGGUCACUGCAGAGGAGCCGGGAGGGGACACGGGAGAUGGGACCUGGUGUGAAGGAGACUCGGAGCAAAGGAGACAGAGCCAGGGCUGGCGUGGCACCGCUGACACACUCCCAGGACAAGGACACCUGCCAUCGGGACCCGACGGACACGGAGAGGAUGUCUCGGCAGAGAGCCUGUGCGGACUGCCAGGAGGGGCUGGAGGAGGAGAGGAGGAAAACAUCGGCUUUGCAAGAAGAGAAACUGGAGUUACAGAAGAAGCUCCGGGAGCUGGAGCAUCGUACCCGCUCCCUCCUGCGGCAGCGGCAGAGAGCCCUGGACCAGCUGCACGUGCUGCUCCAGAAGGAGAGGGUGGACGCCCUUCGGCAGCUCCGGGAGGCCCUGGAUCAGGAAAGGGCUGGUGGGAGCACCCGGCUGCAGCGGCUGCAGCAUCUCCUGAGCCACCCGUGGGAGCCAGUGAUGCUGGGGCAGGCUGGGGGCUCCCUGGCCAUGGGGACCAGCUCAGUGUGCCCACACCGACACCACGCACUCCCUGACAGUGCCGUGGGGCAGGGCCCUUUGGCAGCAGCGGUCAGCUCAUCUCCGCUGUCCCCCAGCCAUGCGCUCCGUGUCCUGCGUGGCCUCCAAGAGCGAAUCCAGCAUCACCUUGGGGAGCUGCGGAGGGCAGGGGGAGCCCAGGGCCCCACCAGCCAGCGGGAGAAGGGCUCUGCGCAGGGGCAGCAGCAGGAUCAGCUUUGCGUGGGGAAGGCAGCAGCUCUGGGAGUCCUGAAGAAGCAGCUGAGGAAGAGUCAGAGCAAACAUCCACAUCUCCAUCCCUCCUCCCUGUCCAUGGGCACUGGCCACGGCUCCCUGGGGCUCCUGCACCAUCUCCAGCACUGUGUGCAGGAGCUGCAGCUGGAGAAGACACCCCACCCAGGCAGCAUGGGGAACCUGACUGCCUCGGGAGGAGAAGAGGGCACCACAGCAAGGGAGGAGGUACAGGGACAGCCUGGGACAAGGGACUCACCUUCUGCCACAGCCUUACCCAAGAGACUAAUCCAAAGCAAGGAAGAGGUGCAGAGCUCCACCACAGAGCAUAUCAAGGAGAGUUCAGCCCCAUGGGAAUAGCCCAGAGACACCGAGGCCUCUGCAAGGCUUGCGGUGAAGCAAGGGUCACAGUCCCCGGGUUGCAUCAACUUGCAAUGUCUGCAAUGGAAAAGCUCUUGCAAAUAGGUGGUUAAAACGCGCUGUGUGGUUGUGAUGGCUCCUAGAGCUGCCAAGUGCCCUCGGGCAGGAAGGAGAACUGGGAGCACCGACCCAGGGAUGGCUGCAGGCAGAAAUGUUUAAUGGUAAAAACCACAGGGAAGUGUUCCGUUCAGAUGCUUCCACUUAAUUUUGAAAAGGAGAAAAUUAUUUCUCAGUCUCUACAUAUCUCAUCAGAGAUAGUGCUGGUCUUAAUUUUCAGGGGAACAUCCAAAGAGAAUUCCUCCAUGUGCAAGGGGGCAAAUGAGAAUUUCUUGCAGUACUUGAUUACUACGCCUCCUUCCAGAGGGAGGGGAUGGGAAUUGAAAUAUCUGUGUGCUUUCUUUCCAAUUAAAAUAAAAGUGUUUUUCAUUAUGUUUUUCUGCAGUGUUGGAUUGGGGAGGUUUCUGAUAUUACUUAUGAUGCUCAGCCAUUCCCUUGCUGAACUUAUUGCCUCUUUUUUUCCCCUCAAGUUUCACAAAGAGAAUUGUGGUGUGUGCUGUGUUUUUAUCCCGAAGAACUUUUAAUUAAAACCCAAAUGCUUGCAAGAAUCCAUGAAAGUCUUUGCAAACGUGGGCUGAGCUUCCUGGUGCAAGCGUAGGAAUGAUGCUUAUCUUACAGCAGAAAACUGAUGCAGAAGUGGCUCCCAAAUCUCUAAAUGAUCACAGCAAAGUUUUCAUUACUGGGAAUUUCGCCUGUGGGGUUCCCUAUCUGACUCCUUCACUCUUCAUUAUGUGCAUGAAGGUUUCGAUUCUGAAGGAAGCUGAAGACAUAAUAAGUGGAAGAUCAACUGUGGUUAACUUUGCUUUAGUGAUGGAUUUUUGCCUGUUCUUCAACAACUCAUGGAAAUGUUGGGAUUUGUUUAUCAUCGUUUGCUUCUCAAACAGGGCCGGGAGGAGAUGGGCAUGAUGGGUGGAGAUGGUGACAGAUGACUGGGAGCUUUGAGCUUGCCUGGUAAAAAUUGUUGGAGGGGACUGUGGAUUUGCCAGAUGCUCAGGGGAGAUUCAGAUCUCAGAUAUUAUUUUGUUCCUCUCUUUCAGGGACCUGUUGGUGUAAAGAAACAGCUCUGGACAGCGGAAGUUAAAAAACUCUUUGCUCACACUUUUAUCUCUAAAUUAUUGUAUGUCCAAAGUCACCUGCUGCUGUUUCAUGCACAACAAAGUCUAUUCCAGGCGCUAGAGCAGGGACAGUAUAGCAGAAACAAGGAAAGCCUUUUGCAUUCACCAGUUUCCCUUCUGUAACUGAGGAAUAAUGGAUAUUACACGAUGUUUCUCCAUGUACGACUUAGCUCUCUUUUUCCCAGACUCCUGUAACACAGUUUCUCAGUGUGGCUGUUGAGUCCAGAGGAGGAUGCAGAGCAAUAGGAAAAGUGACACAAACAGCAGGUUGAGACAAGGUCCUUCUCUCCCCCGAGCUGCCUCCUGUGCUCUCAGGCUGGGGCUUGAGACGAACCCUCUUUCCCCUCCACCUGUUUUUACAUGGAUUUAUUUAUAGUCCACUGAAGAUGUUUGCUCAGCAUAUUGGGACUGCUCAGAAAGUGAUAUGAGCCUGCGUAGAACAAGAAGGAAAAACACCCUGGGAUGAAGCCCUGCCUCUGUUGUCACGGCGUCUUGGGCAGUGACUCUGCGUUUGCUCCUGUGCAUCUGCUUCCACAUCUCACACGAAUUCCGCUGCACGAACGCCUGGAUUCUUGUUUUGGCCCAGCAGGUGAAGGAUCAGCGUGGAAGACGGGGGAUUGUCAGCAGGAAAAUCACCCCAGAAACAUUUCGAGCCCUGCCAAAGGCUUUGCUCAGCAGUUGUGGCUUCUGCAGCACCAGCAAAUCUGGCACAGGGGAGAGACCCCAGACGUGGCAGAGUGACGUGAGCUGUGCCGGGGCUCAGCUCCUGCAGAAGCCUCCGAACGCCAGAAGAGGAGAAAAGCCUGAGCCGCAGCCUGUGGCUCAUCCAGCAUCACCAUGUUCUUUGGGAAAACCCCAAAGAAGAGCUUUGACUGGAUGAGAGACAGCACCUGCUGGGCUACAGUCAAACCGGUGCUUCUGGAGAUGUAAAAGACUGAAGUUCUCCAGAGAAGAACAUUUCAUGCUUGUUAGUAACAGAACGACCUGGACUUACUUCUACAGUGCUGAUUUGGUGUACAGAGAUAUUAUCCCCUGUAACACAAGCUGAAUGUUUUAUCUGUUGGCUCUGCCUGCCUGCAUGGAGUCUUCCAGACAAAGCGAGAUUUUCAAGGUCACAGUCCACUCAUUUGUUACAGGAGCUGUUCAGUCUGCAAGAGAGUAACUUAUCUCAGAAAUCUAACUGUGCUGAGGGUUGUCCCGUGGGCUUGUCAGGAUGUAUUUUCACGGCAGAGAUGAGCGUUGGAGAUCACAGAAUCACAGGGGUCGGAAGGGACCUCUAAAGAUCAUCCAGUCCAAUCCCCCCGCCAGAGCAGGAUCACCCGGAUGACACAUCUGCAUCAGUCCUACACCUCUCCAGCAUUUCCUUGCACAUAAAGCAGCAGUGGUGCCAUGCUGGGGCCAAGGCUGUGCUCAGGAGGCAGCCUCUCCACAGCGUUUGCGAAGGGGACACCAGGCUGAGGCGGCUGAUGGUCUUCCCAGGUCUCACGGAUGGACAAAGUUCCACCCCUUUUGCUGGAGGAAACCAUAGAAAUGUGUCCUACAGCAGCAGGACACCCCCACCCCGAGCCCUGGGGAUACGCGAGGGACCUCUUAGGACCUGACAGAGCUUCAGGUGCAGAUGCUGAUACCCCCAACAGUCUGGAAAGGUUGCUCACUGUUGCACAGGUUUUACUGGGCUGGAGGAGAAGCUCAGCCCCCCUGAGCUGGAAGUAUCUGCUGGCAGCAGAGGAGAUGCGUCCUGCCUGGGGUCCCGCUCAACAGUAACCACGAGGCUCUUUCCCUGGGAUAUGGGGCUAAAUACGCUAAUGAGGAUGAGAUGUGCUCAUUAUAGGAGGGCAGCGCAAGAACAGGAGCUGGCUGAGCCCACCUGCUGAGCUCUGCGAGUGUUGUGGUUGGGAUGUAAAUGUUGUAAUGCAGGAGAUGUAAUGAGAUUGAAAAUGGAAACGUAGUGAGACGGGGACGUAGGGUGACGCCGACACUGAGUUUUGUGAUGAGAGGCAAAAAGGGGAAUGUGCGAUGGGUUGUGGAAGUGGAGACACAGGGCGUGUUGCAGAAACCAAGAUUUUGGUUGAAAUGCGGGGUGAAAAAGCACAGUGAGAUGUGGCAAAAGGAUUUGGCUGUGAAAUGCACAAAAUGGUGAGAAGGAAAAAAUCCAAGAAGACAGACGUGAGGAAACAGAGAUUGAUCUGUGCAGGAGAAACUGCACGGUGCGUGGGGGAUCCCAUAAGGGACAGGCUGCGUGAUUUCAACCGGUGUCAUUAGGAACCACAGCACCUGAUGGUUCUGCCUUGGCUUGUACCUGGAAGGUCUAUCAGCCAGUGCAGCUUCGGGAUAUCAGUGCAACCUCGGAACCCUCUGGUACAAAAUGUAUCCCUGGUGAAGGCAACGCAAGAAUCUGAAAGCUGCUCUUAUUGUUAAUUUAGUCUAAGGUGUGGUUGAAAACUGGAUGAAAUACUUGGAGCCAGCACUUUGUGCCAAAAAUCAUGAACUCUUAUUUAGGGAAAAAAAAAAAAAAAGCACUUAUAAAGAAUCUGGAAAGUUCUGAUGAAGCAACAUGUGAUUUGUUUUGCUGUAGAAAAUGUCCUCUGUAAGAAAUAUUACCUGACAAUGUCUAUUUUAUACGGUUUUGUGCAUCUGUAACAGGAGACAGUCAAUGGAGGAUUUAAAAGAUCUCACGCAAGAAUUAAAAAUCAUGAGCACAGUGGGGUUGCAUGGUUACAAAUGAGGAUUCCGGCCAUGUUGGACCCUUCACCGCACGGGCUUGGCUGACAUUGUUGGUAACAUAUUUUUAGUCAGAGGUUCCCAACAUCGCCCCACAUUGAAACUUGCUCAGAGAGUGUGGAUUGAGAAGGUGCUGGCUUUUCUGAUUAGGCUGUGAAAUGGUCUGGAUUAUGGGCAAGAUGUAAAGAGGAGUUAUCAGAAAUAAAACUAAUGAGGAGUCAUCAGAAAGAAAAUGGUCUGGGUGACAAAAAGCCUUUUCUUCAGGAGGAGAAGCCGUUUGAUGGAAAUUGCUGCAGAAAAGCCGCUGGGAAUGAAAGCCCUCUAUUGAAAAAUCUCUGGGUGAAAGCUGCCCAUCCGUCACUCCUGGUACCUGCCACAGAAUCGCAUCGAAUCUUCCUUCUUGUGGCAUAACUCAUUUUAAUCAGGGUGGAUAUCUGAACUGGUAAUUUCUUUUGUGCUCUUUAUGUUGCCAGUCUUUCCAUGGUGACUCAAGAAGGGGUCUGGGCUGCCGCCCCCAUGGCCUCUGCUGAGCCGGCAAUUUAAAUCUUACUGUCAGGUGCAAGGAGUAAUAUAUGAGAACAAAUACCACAAAUGUUCACCUCUGGCUAAUAUAUAGAAAAGAAAUAAAAGCACAAGGGAGAAGCCCUGUAGCGCAAGGAGAACCCCAAGGUAAACCGGUGUGCGUAAUCAGGGAAGCUAAUUCCAGCAGUUGUCAGCUGUCACUAUUUUUACUGUGAUAACGGUGACUGUGGGUGUGUGGAUCUGGAUUUUUCCCCUUGCCAGGGGUGUCUGGAACUGAUCCUUAUGUAUGAGUCAAUAUUUUUCUAUUAAAAAAACACCAAACCAUUAAGCAUACCGUUCUCAUGGCGGCAGGGGAAACCUGAGCUUAGCAAAGCCUAAUAAGGACUCCAGAUGUCAGCCGUUUUUUUGAGGCAUGCUUUUUUUGGUUCAGUUUCCUUAUAAAAACAGGAGGUUUAAAAAGAAAACACGUCUGUAUUUACACAUAGUAAAAAACCCAGAUACAGAUGUGAUCUCUUAAACUCUAUGUUCCUAUUAUGAUUUUGGGACGAGCUGUAUCUUCCCCUCAGUCGAGGGUUUGUCACGUCAGGCAAUGGGUUCAGUCCAGACAACGGAUCAGCUCAGGUUAACCAGCUGCUGCAGCAAACACCAGCAGCAAGCUUCAUUUUUGGGCUUUUCUCUGCUUCAAAAGUUGUCUGGGACAGGACAGUUACUACUACAGACCUCGAACAGGCAGCGGCAAUCCUAUAGCUUUAUUUACACGUAUAGAACUCUCUGCUCAACUAUAUUGCUCCUGCUCACUGGGCUGCAGAUCUUCCUUCAUCUUCCCAGUGGUUCAACAAUGCUCUGGGCUCCCCCAGUUACUCCUGACAGGGCACAUGUUGCAGGGAUGCUCCGAUGUCUGCCCAGGGCUCGUGCUUGGCAGGGAUGUACAUGCUACAGGUAGUUCUGUUAUUUGCUCUACCGUUCCGUGUCGUUUAGAUUGUCUAGGAAGUAACUUACAGGGAUUAUAAAAGGCUCCUCUAAUAUGUUUAUAAUUUCCCAUCUAUUUUAAAAUCUUCUGUAAUAAUGUGGCUUUUGCAAGGGCUGCAAAUGGAAGUUCACCCUCACAAGCCCUUUCCCCGCUCUAAUAGACAGAGGCAGCAGAAAAGAGAAAACCUUCUGUUUCUACAGACAAAAACUGUUCUGUACCUCUCAAUGUUAUCAUCACCUUGCAAGCACUCGCUCUGUCGCUGGUGUGUGUUAGGCAACAGCUAGAUAAUGGUGCAUGUAUGGGAGUGAUUAAGCUAGAUGUUUUCAUCCUACUUUUUUUUUCUUUUUAAUUUAUUUUUAGGUUUUUUGGAGUGUUUCUUCACAGGACCGAGCUGCACUCUGGUUUCCCUUGGCAGCCGAGGUUAUUUCACUUAAAGGUGUGUUAGCCCAGAAAUUCAGGUCUCUAAAUAAGCAGCUGCCUGUGAAACUCCAGAUAUUUUCACCUAAAAAUUGCAACUUGCUGCCAGGCAAAGAAAGAAAAUAGAGGAAAAUGAGGAAAACAGGAUGGAGGGACUGUGUAUGGUCACCACUGCCUGUCUGCAUUGGUGGCAGUGCUGAAAUAUGCCCCGAACCCCAUCCCAAAACCUCUGCUUUUGGGGUUGGGAGUGAGACAUAGCAUCCUAGAAACUCCCAAACUCCUGGAAAAGGCCAUGUAUGACAUGCAGUUGGGAAGUAAAUUAUGAUUUAUAUCUGAAUAUCAUUUAAAAAAAAAAAUACAAAAGUAGAAGCCAGAGGUGCUGGGUAUUCUUGGUAAUGAUAAAGGGCUGUGGGUGGUAUUGGAAGACUCUUGUGCCACACAAAGGAUGUGUGGCCUGAAACACAGAAAUGGAUGUCUCCAUCCAGUAAUAUAACACACAUAACAUAAUAAACAUAACAUAACAUAACAUAACAUAACAUAACAUGUAACGUAACGUAACAUAGCGUAACAUAACAUAAUAACAUAGGGCUGGAACAGCUCUGCUGGGAGGACACGCUGAGAGAGUUGGGGUGUUCAGCUGGAGAAGAGUAGGUCCAGGGAGACCUUUCUGGACCUAAAAGGGGCUGAUAAGAAAGAUGGGGACAGAUUUUGGAGCAGGGCCUGUUGUGAUAGGACAAGGGGUGAUGGUUUUAAACCAAAGGAGGGAUAUUGAGGCCAUAAAUGAGGAAGAAAUUGUUGUCCCUGAGGCUGGUGAGAGCCUGGCCCAGGUUGGCCAGAGAGGUGGUGGCUGAACCAUCCCUGGAGACAUCCCAGGCCAGGCUGGACGGGGCUCUGAGCAACCUGAGCUGGUGAAGAUGUCCCUGCUCAUGGCAGGGGUGGCACUGGGGUAGCUGGGGAGGUCCUUCCAAACCAAACUGUUCUAUGAUUCUAUAAUGUAUUUGGUAUAUUAAUACAUAUACUGAUAUAAUAUAAUGAUAUAAUUACAGAAUAUAUAUCCACCUCUGUGUCGGUCAGGGAAGCACCUCUGACAUCUCUGCAUGUUUGCAGAAAGACAAGGUUUCUGCCUGGCAGACCAGGGUUGCUGGCUGAAGGCCUCGGCACUGGCUGUCUGUGGUCAUAAGGCAUGUGGAGUGUGUGUCACCGAGGACAAAGAAAGAGAUGUCCUAACAGAGAUGAUGAAAUGGGCAUGUUGUACCAUGAACGCUUGGGACCUUUGCUGGGAGCUCCACAGU